AUGGAUGUAAAAUUUGCAGAUAAAAACAUUUUGGACUGUUUGGUACAGUAUGGAGAGAUUACCUUUUUUCUUUCUUGUAUAUAUGGAGAUCCGAUCAUCGAGGGGCGUAAUGAGGUGUGGGAAAGACUUAACCGAAUUGGAACUAAUCGCAAAGAACCGUGGUGCCUCAUUGGGGACUUCAAUGAGAUUCUAAAUAAUGAAGAGAAAUCAGGUGGUCCAAGACGGUCUGAGGCUUCUUUCUUGCCCUUUGCAGACAUGUUGAAGAAUUGUGGUAUGGAGGAACUGUCUAGUAGGGGCGACAAGCUGACUUGGGGUGGCAAAAGAUGGAAUAAAUGGAUUCAGUGCGCCUUAGACAGGAGCUUUGGAAAUGAAGAAUGGUUCAAGAUAUUUCCGGGCUCGAACCAAAUUUUUUUGGAGAAGCGCGGUUCUGAUCACAGACCUGUUUGGUUAAACUUCUAUGCUAACCAUGAGGCUUUCAAAGGUCAGUUCAGAUUUGAUAAGAAGUUCCUAAUCCAACAUGAUGUGAAGAAACAGAUUAGCAUAGCUUGGGCGAGGAACUGUAAUGGUCGACAUCAAUCAGUGUCUCAGAGAAUAAGAAAUUGUAGAAAUGCUCUCAGCCGGUGGAAGAGACAAUCUGUCUACAAUUCUCAAGACAAGAUUCGUUUGUUGCAAGAAAGACUAGAAUGGAUGCAAUCAAGAGAUUAUCCUUGUUUUUUCAUGAUUAAUAUCAUUAAGAAGGAUUUGAUUAAGGCCUAUAAGGAAGAGGAACUCUUUUGGAAACAAAAGAGCAGGGAUAAGUGGAUGAUUCAUGGGGACCGUUGCUCUAAAUUUUUCCACUCUUCGGUCAAAACAAGCAGAUCCAGAAACCUGAUUGAUAAGUUGAAGGACAAGAAUGGAAAGGAUCAAUGGUCGGAAGGCGCCAAAGCUGAAGUUGCUAUUGACUAUUUCUCGACUCUUUUCCGUUCUUCUAAUCCUCGGUCCUACACUCCAGUGCUGGAAAGUAUGGUUCCAAAAGUCUCUGAUUCGAUGAAUGACGUCCUCUCAAGAGACAUUUCUAAAGAGGAGGUUAGGGAAGCGAUCUUUUCAAUUGAUCCAGACAGUGCGCCUGGUCCUGACGGCAUGACUGGACUCUUCUUUCAACGGCAUUGGGAUCUUGUAGGAGAGCAGAUCACCAGUGAGAUACAAGAGGUCUUUCAGACGGUUUCUCUCCCUAGAGAUUGGAACUUCACAUACAUUUGCCUUCUUCCCAAAAUUAAUGACCCGGAGUUCAUGAAGGAUUUAAGGCCCAUCAGUUUAUGCUCUGUGUUGUACAAAUCCGUCUCAAAAAUUUUGGUAAGAAGGCUUCAACCUUUCUUACAGGACAUUAUCUCGUCCAAUCAAUCUGCUUUCGUUAGGGAUCGUCUCAUAUCUGAUAACAUAGUCAUAGCACACGAAGCGGUUCACGCCCUCAAAAGGCAUCAUCCAAUAUCUCAGGAGAUGAUGGCGGUGAAAACCGAUAUGUCGAAAGCAUACGAUCGUGUGGAAUGGAGUUAUCUUAGGAGUCUGAUGUUGGCACUGGGAUUUAGCUUGAAGUGGGUUGACUGGGUGAUGAUGUGUGUUACAUCAGUAUCCUUUGCGGUUCUUAUUAAUGAUCAACCAUUUGGGUUGAUAAAUCCACAGAGAGGAUUACGCCAAGGCGAUCCGUUGUCACCAUUUUUGUUUGUUCUCUGCACUGAGGGGCUUACGCAUCUACUUAAUGUGGCGGAGAGAAAUGGUUUGAUCAGUGGAAUGAAAUUUUCAGAGGAGGGUCCAACUAUUUCCCAUCUCUUGUUUGCUGACGACAGCUUGUUCCUUUGUAAAGCAUCAGUGAGCGAAGCUUCAGUGCUACAAAGAAUCCUCACUUUCUAUGGUGAGGCUACUGGACAGACAAUUAACCGUGAGAAAUCUUCCAUUUCUUUUGGUGACAAGGUCGGUGAAGAAUCAAGAGCAGCAAUUCAACAUACUCUUGGUAUUUCCAAUCAAGGGGGAGCAAGCAAAUAUUUGGGCCUCCCAGAGUGUUUUUCGGGUUCGAAGGUUGAUCUAUUUUCUUAUCUGAAAGACAAAACUCAUGGGAAGCUUGACGUUUGGUAUUAUAAGCACCUCUCGCAGGCUGGGAAAGAGGUAUUGAUAAAGUCUUCUGGCUCCUCGCUUUCGACCUUUGCUAUGUCAUGUUUUCGUCUCCCCAAAUCUAUCAUUGACAAACUCACCAGCAUGUUAGCGGCCUUUUGGUGGGGAGCUGAGCCUCAUCAAAGAAAGAUUCAUUGGGUAGCAUGGGAACGUUUGUGCCUUCCUAAGGACCAAGGUGGUCUUGGUUUCAGAGAUCUUGAAGCUUUCAAUCAAGCUAUGUUGGCCAAACAAGCGUGGAAAGUAUUAUCUCAACCGGAUUCGAUGCUUGCGAGAUUCCUGAAGAGUAGAUACUUUCCUGAUGGUGAAUUUUUGUCAGCUCCCUUAGGUCUUAGGCCGUCUUACGCUUGGCGUAGUUUGUUGCAUGGCAGAGAGCUUCUGACAAAAGGCAUUAUUCGCAGAGUGGGUAAUGGACAAAAGACUAGAGUAUGGAUUGAUAAAUGGAUUGAUGAUCCAGUGGAAGGUAUGCGAGCUCCUUGGAUUAAGAACUACUUUUUCGAUGUGAACCUGAUUGCGAGCUCUCUGAUUGAUUCCUCUACUCGCUUGUGGAAUCCAACGGCUCUGUGUGAAAUAUUUGUUCCAGGAGAUGUUCAGAUGCUGUUAAAGAAUCAGCCAGCAGUUUUAAAAGAGGAUUUUUAUUCUUGGAAGCUGACUCGAAGUGGUCAAUUCUCUGUUAAAACGGCUUAUAACUUAGCCUUUGAAGAGAAGACUAGACUAUCUCAACCAGAAGCUUUUAACCAACCUUCUAUUAAUCCGCUUAAAGAGAAGGUUUGGAAGGUCUUAACGGUUCCAAAAAUCAAAGUUUUUCUGUGGAAAGCAUUAAAUGGUGGCCUAUCUGUAGCGGAGCUUAUGGAAGCUAGAGGAAUGAAGGUGGACAGUGGAUGUCAAGUAUGUGGAGGAUCAACUGAAUCUAUCAAUCACAUUCUCUUCGAAUGUCCUCUUGCAAGACUCGUUUGGGCUAUCUCAGGUAUCCCCAAUCCCGAAAAUGGAUUCCACCAAACUUCGAUUUUUGUAAACUUCAGUUAUCUGCUGAGUUUGGAGAAGAAACGCAAGGUGGUGCCAAAUUCUUUUAGAGUUUGGCCAUGGAUCUUAUGGUCAUUAUGGAAGUCGAGAAACGAGCUCUUGUUCAGAGGUUUUACUCCAAUUCCUUCAAAUGUUAUGUUGCGUGCCAAUCAAGAUGCCGAUGAAUGGUUUGAAGCGCAAGUGGUGGAGGAAAAAAUUCUUUCCGAAACUCAAGUUAAUAUUCAGAAGAGAAAGGAGAAGUGGAAGCCGCCACCAAAAGAUUGGUCUAUGUGCAAUGUUGGAUUUGAUUGGAAUAAAUCCAAAAAUCUUGCGGGUGGUGGCUGGGUGAUUCGUAACGAGAGAGGUGUUGUGCUUUGCCAUAGCAGAAGAGCGUUCAGUAAUAUCCAAUCUAGGGAUCAGGCUAAGCUUGUGGUGAUUCUUUGGGCUUUGGAGAGUAUGGAGAGUCACAGAAUGUCCCAUAUCAUCAUCGCUGGUGAAUUCUGUGAAAUGUUUGGAGCUGUUGAAAGACCACAAGCAUGGCCUUCCUUCCUUCACUUUGCAGGUGAAAUAGGAAUCAGUAUGGCAAGAAUUGUUGGUUGUAAGCUGCAAGUGGUUAGCAGAGAAGCGAACAGAGGAGCAUCUUUCAUUGCUCAAAGCGUUACUAAGCAGGGUUUGGUGAGAUCAUAUGUUCAGACUGGUUAUCCUCCUUGGCUUUUUGAAUUCUUUGUCAAUGAAAGCCGUUAUCUCUGA